GCGGGUAAAGAGAGAGAGGCGGCGAGAGCGUGUGAAGGAGGGCGUCUGACAGAGAUGAGAGUAUUUAUAGGUGGAGAGAUGAGGAGAUAGAACAACAGCGAAGAGAGGAAGAGAGACGAGAGAGGGAGGCAGAGCUACAGAGAGAGAGAGAGAGAGAGAGGAAAAUCCAGACACAAUAAGAAGAAAGGGAAGACAAAGAGGAGGAGAGGGCGAGCGAGAGACCAUGCUGAGGAGGAAGAGGAGCGUGUCGUUCGGAGGCUUCGGAUGGAUUGAUAAGUCUACAGUCAGCGCUCUGAGAGCUCGCAAACAGGAGCUCCUGACCAUCUCCAAUGUUCCCGUCACAGACUGCCCCCCCUCUCCUCCCCGCACCGCACCCCCCACCAUGAAGUCGGCUCAUUUCUUUGACAUGAUGGACAAGAUGGAGCAGGUGCCAGAAGCUGCCGAGAUGAAGACGAUCCCUCAGAGACAGAAGGACGACUACAUUCCUUAUCCGAGGAUCGAGGAGGUGUUGGAGAGGGGGGGGCCGUACCCUCAGGUCAUCCUGCCUGAGUUCGGAGGUUACUGGAUUGAGGAUCCCGAGGCUCCCCCUCCUCCUGCGCCUCCUCCCGCUUCCCUGGAGAUCAAAGGGGAGGAGGAGGAGGAGGAGGGGGGAGGAUUGGGAGGAAGAGAGGAGGAAGACACCCCCCCUGGGGAUUAUGGGUACCGGCUGGAGGAGAUCAGCGAGGCUGCACGGGUGUACAGGAAGCACUUCUUGGGCAGGGAGCAUUUAAACUUCUCUUGCUCGGCCAGCAGUCUGGGAAACCUGCUGCUGUCUGUGAGACACGAAGAAGAGAAGGAGCAGGAGUCGCUUCAUGUUAUCGUCAGGUCUCGGGUGAAAAGCGUCUACCACAGAUUGUCUCUGACAGAGAUGCCUGACAUCCCCAGUGUACCAGAGCUCGCCAAGCUGCUGUGUGAUGAAGCAGCAGGUCUGCGCUUCAGUCCCGUCCUCUACCCGAAGGCGUCUCAGCUGAUACUCAACUACGACGAGCACGAGGUCAACAACACCUUCAAGUUUGGCGUCAUUUACCAGAGGUUUGGACAGGUGUCUGAGGAGGAGCUGUUCAGGAACAACGAGGAGACGCCGGCCUUCUCCGAGUUCCUGCAGCUGCUGGGCGACACAGUGGAGCUGCAGAACUUCAAAGGGUUUCGGGGGGGUCUGGAUGUGUCCCACGGUCAGACGGGUUCCCAGUCCGUCUACACCGUUCACAGACAGCAGGAGAUCAUGUUCCACGUCUCCACCAAACUGCCCUUCACCGAGGGAGACGCACAGCAGCUCCAGAGGAAACGCCACAUAGGAAAUGACAUCGUGGCGGUGGUGUUCCAGGAAGAGGCCACGCCUUUUGUCCCGGACAUGAUCGCCUCCAACUUCCUGCACGCCUUCAUGGUGGUGCAGGUGGAGGAGCCCUGCUCUGACAACGCCUCCUACAAGGUGUCCGUCACAGCACGAGAAGACGUACCUCCGUUUGGCCCGCCCCUCCCAAAUCCAGCUGUUUUUAAGAAGGGUCCAGAGUUCAGAGAGUUUCUUCUCACUAAACUCAUUAACGCGGAGCUGGCCUGCUACAAGAGCGACCGCUUCGCCCGGCUGGAGGAGCGGACCCGGGCCGCCCUGCUGGACAGCCUCCAUGACGAGCUGCAGAGACGCUCCCAGAGCAUGCUGGGAUUGACAUCAGGUCUCGAGGAGGAGGGGCGAGGUGAGAACGGACACGCCCACGGAGGUCUGCUGGAGUCCAUUAAGAGGGCGAUGCGAGGGCGGAGCGUCUCCAUGGAGACCAUGUCACGGGGCGGGGCAGGUCUGCCCACCAGUCUGAGCGGGGGGGGUCUGGCACACAUCAGCGCUGAGUGUAACGUGAAGUCUCCCGUGAAGAGGCGAUCGGGACUCUUUCCUCGUCUGCUGAGCGUCGACAGCCAAACGGAGAAACACAACCAGAGGAGUCUCCUCAGUGAGCAGAGGAGCUUCGACAGCUGCCACCCGACGCUGGAGGUGAGGUCAGAGCUGCCGUCCAAUCCCAGCUCUCCAGAGGCGGGACAACGGGACAGGAUUCACGUGAAGAAGGAGAGCGGUAAGAUUUCCAGAUCGACAUCCAGCUCGUGCAGCUUCAGCAUCCCUGCAGACGACACACACCUGCUCGCCCAGGCUGCGACGGUAGAAGGUCAAAGUUCAAGUCCGCUCCUCGUCUGCCGCAGCCCCACAGAGCUGAAAAAUAAAAACUCUCCCAGAUCCAACCUCAAGUUUCGCUUCGACAAGCUGAGUCACUCUGCGGCGCAGGGCCACUGAACUGCGAGGACGGCAGUGGGAGAUGAGAGAAGUUCUGAGCUGAUCAAAGUAUUGAUCCGAGCUUAACGAGCGGUGCCGCGAGUCCUUUGCAGACCUUUUUUUUUUUUUUGGGCCCCGGCUUUCGUCUCUCAGGCUCCACACAGGCUGCCGUAUCUUAUUGGUGAACGUUGUCAGGGCUGUAUGCAAAGGAACGCCUGCAGUUACUACUGAGGGCUGAUGGUUACAAUUGAACCUCAGUCAAAAACCAAACAGAGCUUUUUGUAGUAAAUGUGCAAAGAGUUUUAGGGCCCCUGUCAGAGAAAACGGCUCCUGUAGCCUCCAGUUGUUUUGACUUUUAAAGGACUUGUGUUCGGACUGCCCCCCCACCACUUGGCUCUGUUUGAGACCGUCUCCCUCCUCGGGAAGCAGCUGCGAGCUGACUUUAUGGGAGGAGGUGAAGUUAGUGUGUGUGUGGACGAUAAGCCGCACAGGUGAGAAGUGUUUUCAGACACUUAGUUUCGGUACUUUAUCACCUCCGAUGAAGAGCAGCACGCAGCUGCUUCCCUAAACCUUGUCUGAUCCAGAGACCAGAGUCCCAAACAGGGUCAGGUGUCUGUCAGGUGGUCUGGACUCUGCCAUAUCAGCAGAGUGACAUGAUGCACAGCUGACUGUAGGACAGGUAGAGUCUGGCUUCCCUUCAUAUCACCUCCAUGAAGCCCACUGAGCCUGAAUCACUUUCUGCUGCCGUGACUGAACUCUGGUCUCAGCUGAAAACCAGGUCCCUGCUGGACUCCAGCUGCUGCUUCAGAACACAUCUGGAACUGCUUUCAUUUCCUCCGAUAAUCAGACGCUUAUCGGUGAAACCUGAAACUUCAGCUCGUCAGCGUCCCUCAAAGACAGAGAGACCUCAUCCUGAGGUUAAACUCCUCGGCUCCACUGAACGGUUUCAGACCAGCUGACAUUUAAAUGACAACUUACUAGAAGAAAACUGAAAGCUGAGGAAAAAGGUUUUGUCGUAGUUUUGAUUCAGUCGUUAAUCUUUUUAUUAUUCUCUUCUCUCACUUUUCAUU